UUUUGUUUACAUCGAACUCUACGAAAGCAGGCAAUAAUCGGAACAAGGACAUAUACAGUGGAAAAUCAAUAAACAUACACAACAAACAGCAACAACCGCAGCGGAAGAAGUCCUUUCAUAUUUACACAUAAACAUACAUACAUAAUUUAUACGGAUGUAAAUGAUUUGCACUUUAAACAGCCUGUUUCAUUUCGGUUCGUGCGGCAGUUUGGAUGCAACUACACUGAUUGAUAACGAAAGUGAAGAAAUUGGGCGUGUUUAAUAAUUUAAGGACAACUUUCAAAUUAAUUAAUUUAUAGCCAAUUAUACAUUAUAUGUAUAUGUGCUCUUUUAAAAGUGGAAAUGAAUUCAAAGUGUGGAAAUUGUUUAUCUCUUUGACUGUGAAAGUAAUAAACAUCGGAAGGAUUUUUAAUAUAAUCAGACGUAUUUAUUUAUAUAUGAGCACAUACCUGGAUGUACAUAAAUUUUAAAUAUAUAUCGCAAAAUUAAAUAGCAUUCAAAGGCAUUAAAAUAUUAUUACGAACCAUGGUUAGCAAAAGUGCAGUAAGCGGCGAGGAACGCCCCGUUUUCAUUCCGCCUCGUAAACGCCAGACAUCGAAAAAAGUAAAUGGUGCACAAAACUAUGUAGACCAUAUCGUUAAUGUUCAGAAUCGGCAAAAACUAUCACCAUCCAAUCCAGCACUAGACGAGGACUUACUCAAAACCUCGUUAAUAUUGAAAAAUAAACAACCACUGCCACAAAUACCGGGCGCUAAGUGCAAUGGAGACACUGCCGAUGCUCAGUUGGCUCCACACAAAUCUUCACCGUCAGUAGAUAAUAUUUAUGAGGAUGAUAAUGAAUUGCACAAUUUCGAAAGCGUUUCGCAAGGCACCAAGUCAACAAAUCGGCAUGAAAGCACCACAGUUACACCGAGUAGCUAUUCAGAGAGUAGUUUGGAUGCUAAAUCACACGAUUGUCUCAGUAAUCGGUCAUCUUCAAAGAAACGUGUAAAUAUACGCACCGAUCCCUCGCACGUACGCAGUCAACGUGAGUCUCCAGAGAUAGCUAACUAUGAGGAUCUAGAAUCAGGCGAAACGAGCGUUUUAAAUAUCGAUAUGAAUAGUUUGGAUAGAUACAAUACGCGAAAGUCCAUGGAUAGUAACUAUUUGACAAUGACGGGUACAAUUAAACGUGGUCGGAAGAAGGGCCAAAGCCUUGAUCUACAAAUAAAUAUCAGCCGCGAAGAGUUGGAACAGAUCAACGCUCUGGCGGCCGCUACACAGGUUAAUAAAAAGCAAAAUUUAUGUUGCACCUGCACACCGAAGACCGGUCUGCAUAUACUACUCUUAUCGCUCGUAUGUCUUCCAUUUGUGACAUUAAUCUCCGGCGUUUAUUCAUUUUACAUUGGCACACUAACCUGGUAUAAUAUGUUCAACUAUUUCAAUGAGGAGAAAUCGUGUGUACAUAAGUUCUUUAUGUCGCCAAUACUAAUACUCGCCUAUCCAGUGGGCAUACUCGUUUGCACCAUCGGAUUGGGUCUGUACGCUGGCAUAGUACAAUUGAGCCUACAACUCAAUAGUUGGUUAAACGAGAUAGCGGACAUUGAGAAGGGCUUCUACGGUUGGUUGUGCUCAUUUCUACAUCUCUCCGAUUGUAGUCCUUACGAGGUGGUCAUACUAAUGGAUAUCCAACAACCGCCAGAGGUGCCACGAGUCCAUGUGAAUACCUCUACCGAAGAGUUAUCGCUCUGAGUGUCGUGCCAUUAGAGAGGUAUGGCGAAUAUAUAAAAGUACUUACAACUCAAUUGUGAACACAAACCGUCAAAAGGAUAGUGAUAUAAUGUCGUAUGUAUGUAUUAUUGUAGAAGCAAACCGUGCAAUGCAACUAUGGAUGGUUUUAUGUCUUUUAAGCAAACAGCUAAAGAUAUGACAUAAUUCGUGAUAAUGUUUUAGUAUAAACAAAAAGAAUACUUUAAAUCGAAUAAAAAGCACUAAUAACAACGAUUCACACA